UUGCAUUUAUGCAACUCAAAUUACUCUAGUAGGAAGUUGACCCUUUGUAAGAUCAUCAGACAGCGUGGCACUUGUCUUCACCGUUUCACGAGUAGGUACCAACAGUCAACAGCCCAAAUGGAAUUAAGUAACCUCUUUAGGACAUGAUAUCUCAAACUGGAUGAUAAAUUUGCAGAGUAGAAAAUCAAGAAAGAAGUGUUGUAGACUCAGGAUUCCUGAUGCCUCCAUACCCAAAUUAUUCCAGUGGCUGAUAGGAGCUGGACUCUUUGUAGCUGUGUGGCUUGCCUUUGUUCUAGAAAAAGUUGACAUCCAAUUGACAGAAAUCCAGAGAAUUCUUGUUUUACUGUCUCCUUUGAUAGCAGUUGGUAUUUUUGGGAUUAUCUCUGCAGUAAUAGUACUAUACAGAGUAGCAACAUUUAAUGAUUGUAAAGAUGCAGCAGAGGAAUUAAAACAGCAAAUAAAAGAAGCCAGAGAAGAUUUGUCAAGAAAAGGAUUCAAGUUUGAUGACACAUGACAAUCAUACUAGAUCAUCAUCAUCUUCAUAUGUUAACCGUUUUACCACUCUACACAUGAUUAAAAUGUUUGUUCUAAAAUCUUCAGAUUUAUUCAUGCUAUGCC